CGCUGCUCAUUUUAGCUGGGCGGGAGCGGGCAGGCGGCGGCGGCGGCGGCUGGGGCUGCCCGAAGGAGUCCUGGCGGCAGCAGCUCGCCCCGCGCGGCCCCGCCCCGCCGGUGUGGGCGGCGGGGAAGCCCCAGCAAGCGCGGCCGCCGCCGGCCGAGUGAGGGGGGCCGGGGCCGGGGCCGGGCCAGCCCCGGAGGGGGGCACCGCUUCCUUUGCCGGCGGGUGAUACCGUUGUGUCUGCGCGGGCGGCGUGGGCCCAGUUGGAUCUGUUGCAUAUGUAUAAAAAUCAGGAGAUUCUGAUCACUUGGGGUCUUUCAGGCGUUUUAAUGUUUCAUUGCCAGUGCUGUUAUUCUGUGUCGUCGCUCUGCGGGCGCUGCCAGCUCGCCGACCCCGCUGAAAAAGCCGUUGAGAAGCGGAGCCGCGUUCAGUCCUUUAAACUCCUAGGGUUCCUUGACGUUAAAAAUGUCCCAUGUGCACGAGAAUCAGUACUCUAUGGCUCACUGGGAUCUUUAGUUUUGGGUCUCGGACAUUUUUUAGCAACUAGUAGAGUUAGAAGAUCUUGUGACUUUGCAGUUGGUGGCUUUAUUUUCACAAUGUUAGGAUACUGGUUUUAUUGCAGGUACAAUUUUGCCCAACACAGGAUCCGGCAAAGAAUGCUUAGAGAAGGAAUGAAAAACAAAAUUUUAUUUGAAGGCAGUUCUCUUGAUCCAGAAAGAAAACAAACUGGCAAUGAAAGAAGCAAUUCAUAGUAUGCUAUAGAGGAAUCUGUGGUCUAAUACAGGUUUGGGGGAAGGUGGUCCAAAAAUGGCAGUCUUCCCUGUAAACGUGGGAGGUGAAUGAGACUGAUUAAAUCGUGCUGUUUUUCCUAGCAAAUUCAAGUAAGAAACUCAUAAUGAAUCUGUUAAAUCAGUAUACAAGCCUUUCUUUGUUUCAUGUACGUAUAUAUGACUAUGUACACAGUUCGGAAUGACCUCCUUGGUUUUGGCCUGUUAAACAUUUGGGAACUGAUAUGUUCUGUUGCAUGCUCUCAAAGGAUUAAUGACAGUGUUUUUGGACUACUGUAACUUUUAUUAUAAACAGAAUGGUUCAUUUUAGAAAAGUUGUAAUUACAUCUCAUUUAAAUAUAGGAAAAUAUUUUCAUCAGCUGUUCUUUGAGUAAGCAUAUCCUUCGGUGCUACUGUUCACUGUGCUGUUUUUAAAACAGGAACAUUUAAACAGUAGGUGAAUGCUUUGCUUGUGCAAGAUGGAUAAUAUCAGUAGCUGCCUUAAGAUUUCAACUGCAGUGUAGGGGGCAACUUCAGAUAGUUCAUAUACACUGUGAAAUUGAAAAAAUUCCAUCAUUGUUCUCUCUGUGUGAAACUAAGAAUAAAUUACUUGCACUUCA